CUUUCGGUGCAGAGCAGAUCCUGAUUCCACAAGCACUCCAGGAUCGCAUCCGCUGAAAGCAACCGUGAAUACAACUUCACAAACAACUCACGUCGACAGAGACCAUCAAGCAACAGCCGCACCAGACCCCCAGUCACAGGCUCGACUUUCGCGGUCGUUUUCGCGAAGUUAGCCGUCACUAUUCGCCCUACUUGCACUUGUGCGUCUGCUCGGACCCAGCGAGCAGCUUCCCCCCUCAUCAUGCCUCUGUCAUUAGAGACGCCCGUCCUGCAGGUCGACGCCAAUGUCAUCCACAAGGUCGACACUACCAACCCCGCCAACCUGUUUAGCAUGUGGACAGUCUUUGCCCGCUGCCGUGACUCCGUUCACCAAGGCCGUCGCCUUGAAAACCUGAGCUGGCGCCUCUGGAACCGGGAGACCUUUUGCUGCGAAAACGAAGUCGCCGACAUCGAGUCCUCUGCUACCUGCCAGCCUCAGGACAUCCAAAGGUAUUCGGCUGGCGAGGACAUGCCCCAACUGUCUGGUAGUGUGGAUUCAGCUUUGGAUGAGGAAGCCGUUGACUUUGGCAACGACACCGACGCCGAGCCUCUCGAAUACCUCCGCCCCCGGAUACAACGGCAGGACUCGUGCGCCAGCAACCGCAGCCGUGGUCGUGAGCGUCACAUCACCUCUGGUGAUCUCGAGAAGAUGGUAGUCUCCAUCAUCGAGGCCAAGGAGCCUUUAAACGCCCCUCUCCCGAGCAUCACUCUCGUCUCACCUCCCGUCGAGGAGACCAAGCCUGCGCCUGUCAUCCACCAGCUCGAGCGGUCCGGGUCGACUACGACAGAGUCUUCCUGCAACACCUCCGAGAACCCCUCGAUGGAGUCGCUGCAGACCGCUGCAUCUACCGAAGCUACCACUCAGCUACGACCCACCAUCGUCACUCGUGGCUUCUCUGUCUCGCCCUCUCAACUUCCCAUCAUUCAGCGUGCAUCCGCCCAUGCUUCUCGUCAGCCCUCGCCGAGCGUGAUUCCCGAGCCUACCGAUGCUCCUGCUGCCAAGCCUGUCCAGCCUAAGAAGCAACAGGCUCGCUUCGCAUUGGGCGCGUCCAACUCGGGCGACGAUUCCUACACUGACCGCGAGCAGAGCUUCGACCACAGGAAGCAACAGAUCCCUCUUCCGCCUAAGAAGAAGAUGUUCCAGGUCGGCAGGGGAUCAUCUGAGGAGGAGGAAUCCCUCCGGGACCUGAAGAGAACAGGUGCCCUUAGCAAGCAAGUCGUCAUCCAGGAUAGCUCGGCCAUUAGCGACGACUCGGAUAGCGACUAUGUCGACGAGAGCGCUAUUGAUGACGAUGAUGACUCGUCCGACUGGGAGGAUUCGGUUGAGGAAAGUGGAAAGUCGAGCGUGGAUGACAAGUUCAACUUCCAGCGUGUCGACUCCAAGGUCAACCUUACUUCUCGGCGGUCGCUCAUCACCCUGAUGCUGCACAACAACACCCGGGCGCAGAAGCUUGGCAACAUCGCCUCGCAAUCCACUUCGGCUAUCCCACGCGCCCGUACUCAGCUCAACGGACCUUCUAUGGUUCCUUCGCCGAACGACUCGGACGAAGCGCCGUUGAUGAUGAGAGGCAAGCGUGCUCCUCCUAUGCGUCCCAUCAACGAGAUUCCUAGGUCUACCGCCCAGCCCAUUAACGCGGUUGCCACCGGUUUCCACCACCAAGCUUGCCUGUCUCCUCGUACCACGCGGCGUAACAUGCUUGCCACCGAGCUGACCGAGUCCCUUCGCCGUAACCUGCUCUGGGAGAGAUCCCACAAGAACUCGACGGCCACUGCGGUGCUCAAGCGUCGCCACACUUCUCAGGAUGUCGCCAACCUUAAGCAGUAUCCGGAGCGUCCCUGCAUGAAGGACGACAACGACAAGGAGCGUUGGGACCAAUAUUUCACCAAAAAUGCUUAUAGCGGCUAUCACGCACAGGGUUGGUAAACAUUUGUUACCAUCCUACAUUACUUAUGCACAUAUUCCAACACAACAAAAGAUACCCUUGGGGCCCAUUAACUGGGUAACCCAAUUGGCAGACCGGUUCGGCUGCCGUGUACACUUGAUUCCAGCAUUGGGAGCGACACACAUUUAACGAACUUCACUGCAUGACCCGGCCGGCGUUUGAUUGUUUUUUUGAUCUUCUUUUGGGCUCGCGCAUUGUACGCAUCAGUUUGGCCUUAAUAUUCAUGUUGGAUCUGGGUCAAAUGGUCUUUCACGGGCGGGACAGCCUUGGGGAUUACAGGCUGGCGUGAAACGG